AUGGUAAUUCCUCCUGGACUCUCUAUUCAUCCUUCUAAUCAUUGUUGCAAGCCUAAGAAAUCACUCUACGGCUUGAAACAAGAAAGCCGCAAAUGGUAUGAAAAAUUGUCUCUCCUAUUGUUGUCUUCUGGGUAUGUUCAAGCACAUGCUGAUCAUAGUUUAUUUGUUAAAGCAACUAGUUCUGCUUUCACUGCUCUCGUUGUUUACGUUGAUGAUAUCGUGUUUACUGGAAAUUGUGCUUCUGAAAUUACUAAUCUUAAGACCAUUCUUCACUCUCAUUUCCAUAUAAAGGAUCUUGGUCAAUUGAAAUAUUUUUUGGGAAUAGAGGUGGCUCAUUCUAGCAAAGGAAUUUCUAUAUGUCAACGCAAAUAUUGUCUGGAGUUGAUUACAGAUUCUGGUCUCAUCGGAUGCAAAACUACUUCCACUCCAAUGGAUGAUUCUUUGCGUCUUCAUCAAGACUCCAGUGAACCUCUAGCUGAUCCUUUGUCAUACAUAUGGUUAGUAGGACGUCUCAUCUAUUUAACCAGCACAAGACCUGAUAUAGUCUUCACCACUCAACAGCUUAGUCAAUUCAUGGUAGCACCAACUCAGACUCAUUUUCAAGCUGCCUUGAGGGUGAUUCGCUAUCUGAAAGGAUGUCCUGGAAAAGGUUUAUUUUUCAGUCACCAGUCCUCAACAAACCUUCUUGGAUUCAGUGAUGCUGAUUGGGCUAUGUGUGUUGAUACACGGCGUUCAAUCACUGGUUAUUGUUUUUUUAUUGGCAACUCUUUAGUGUCCUGGAAAGCCAAGAAGCAAUCUACAGUUUCUCGAUCUUCUGUAGAAGCAGAGUACAUGGCACUUGCCUCUGCCACUUGUGAGCGUCUUUUAACUUCGUCUAGGAUGUUUUGA